AUGGCGAGCCUCGGACUCAAGGUAAAUGCAGAGAAAAGCUGCCUGUUACUGUCUCAGAGCGUAACCUUUAUCAUCACCUUUAUCGGUCUGGCCCUACACACCAGAAUGAUGGUGGCACGUCCGUCCCCUAGUCGGGUGGACGGCAUCUUAAGGCUGUUGCCAGCCUUCAAGAGAGGCAGGCGACUGCCGCUCCUCACCUUCCUCCGCCUCUUGGGCACGCUGACAUCCAUUGUGGCCGUCGUGCCGCUGGGCCUGCUGGCGCUACGGCCCCUGCAAAGGUGGCUGAACAGUUUCCACCUAGACCCAGAGCUACACAGGCACCAGAAGAUUGUCAUGUCACGGCAGUGCCUCCUUGCCCUAGCCACAUGGAGGGACAGGGCCUACAUUGUAAGGGGUGUCCCUAUGGGGGCCGUCCCAUCCCCAAUCAGCCUAUUAGGCUGGCCCAGUUUAGCCCUACACCGGGAGAGAGGACAGACAAGCUGGAACUGUUGUGCCCGGUGCGGGCCCUCAGGGCCUAUAUCGGAGCCACUGCACGUAUUCACCGGUCGGAUCAUCUAUUCGUGUGUUAUGGUGGCCCAAAUAAAGGCAGCGCUCUUUCAAAGCAGCGCCUGUCCCACUGGGUCAUAGACACGAUCAGCCACACCUAUCAGGCUAGUAACCAUCCCACGCCAUCCAGGAUACUGGAUGACUCCAGGAUACAUGGGCUGCCCUUAGGGGAGUUCCCCUCGAGGAGAUCUGCUCCGCUGCCUCGUGGGCGUCAUCAGGCACGUUCUCAAGAUUCUAUAGGGUGAACGUGGCCACUCCCCACCCAUUGGGUGUGGUUCUCCUUCCAGAGUCCUCCGAUUCCACCCUCUGAGGUUUGUAAUAGGGGUUCCUCGUGACUUUGCUGGUAUAAGUCAUUCAGUGCUUAAAGCACCGCCUCUGGCGGUCAGAAGGGAUGAAAUAGAACAAAAGUUACGUAUGUAACUAAGGUUCUAUGAAUCCCGAAUGACCGCCAGAGAACUUUGUCACUCAGAACACUUGUGUUCUCGCGAGAAAGUUCUGUAGGGACUGAACCCUCGGUGACCGGCGGAAUAAAUAACCUCUGCCGGUUCAUCCCGGGGUCACGCGUGACUAUUUUGGUACAAAUGCUCGAACUGCGCAUGCGCGAAGGGAGUCAUUCAGUGCUUAAAGCACGGCCUCUGGCAGUCAUUCGGGAUUCAUAGAACCUUAGUUACAUACGUAACUUUCAUUUUAGUCAUUGGUCCUGAAGGCCUGAGAGAGAAACUUUUACCAAAACUACAAGAUUUUAAACCCUCACAAUGUGUUAAGAACCUGGGCGUUAUUUUUGACUCUUAGCUCACUUUUAUUCCUCACAUUAAGGACAUCACGAAGAUAGGUUUUUACCAUCUCAAGAAUAUAGCCAGAGUCCGCCCGUUUCUAUCUCAGGCCAGCACGGAGGUGCUCAUGCAUUCCUUUAUUUUGAGUCGCCUAGAUUAUUGUAAUGCCCAGCUCUCUGGUCUUCCCAAAAAAAGCAUUAGUAGCUUACAACUUCUACAAAACUCAGCCGCUCGUGUGCUGACGAGGACCAGAAGGCGGGAGCACAUUACACCCGUUUUGAAAUCACUGCAUUGGCUCCCCGUCCGCUUCAGGAUCGAUUUUAAGAUUCUUUUGCUGGUUUAUAAAUGUCUUAAUAGUCUUGGGCCAUCUUAUUUAUCUGACCUGCUUUUAGCAUAUCAGCCCUCGUGGACCCUGAGGUCCUCUGGUACCGGCCUUUUAACUGUCCCACGAACCACGACAAAGAUGCAAAGUGAGGCUGCCUUCAGCCACUAUGGCCCUUACCAGUGGAACAGCCUGCCAGAGACCCUCAGGGCCACAGAGACUGUUGAUAUUUUUAAAAAAAGGCUAAAGACACACCUUUUUAGUCUGGCGUUUAACUGAUUUCAUUUAUUUAUUUUAUUUCUCCUGGAAAACAAAAGACACACAAAGGAACAGCACCUACCACAGGUAGGGAGCGUUAACCACAAAAAAAAAAAUGUGCUAAUGAAAAAAACAACAGAAAACAUAUGACCCCUGCAUAACAAUACUGUGUAAAUGGAAGAAGCAAGACUGUGGGAUUUUUUUGUGAAAUUAGCUGCAAAGGUGAGGUUAGAAUCAAACUGAACUCCAAGGUUUCUGACUGAUAAUUUGAUAUUUGAUGAAAAUGAACUUAGGCUGUCACUGAUUACAGUCUCUCUUUAAUUCAUUUAUGGACUCUGUUAUCCAGGACGGUGUUGCCUCAUUAGACUUUUUGUCUCUAAAAAGGGGCAACAGAGUCUCAGGCCUGAGGCUCAAGAAAUUCUUAUGCUCAAUUCGCUAUGACUGCUUUGAAAAAUGCUGCUGUGCCAUAAUUCUGUCCCAUAGCUAUUGUAUUCUUAAGCAUAUUCUCAUUAUAAAUAUGUGUACGGAUGAAAUUUAAUCCUGUUCCACGAUCAUGUUUUGAGGGUAACCUAUACUACACAAGCUUUGGAGGUGGGUAGGUUGCUUCAUAGAUUCUUGUUGCUGGUUCUGCUGUCCUUCCCCUGUAGGUGCUUUCAUGUAGCUCAUGAAAGCUGGGGAGGGUUACCUGGUACGGUUGUUCUGGGUGGCUUUUUUGCUGCUGUUUUCCCUGCCUCGGCUUUCAUGUAGCACAUAAAAGCUGGGAGAGUUGCCUGGUAUGGUUGUUUAAUUUAAUUUUGACUAAAGUGAUCCUGACUGAACAGUCUUUCCUGUGUCCCUUAAAACAUUAAAAACCAAAUUAAAAUCUCCUUUAGUUUCCACAGACUCCAGACAGGAUGUGUUGUUUGUUCCAACAUGUAGGAUUAUUUUUGUGACUGAGAGGGGCAGUGAGGGGAGAAGGUGCAGAAGUUUGUCCAGAACGGUAGGGACUGUGGCACCAGGAAAACAGUGAGUGAUGGUGUUGAUGAAGCAGACGUUCCUGAUGACUGAGUUUCCAAUGAUUAGGGUGCUGGGAGGGAAGAAAGGGCAAAGACAUGAGUGGGGGAUGUUGUAGCCACCGGAUGGUAGACGGUCCUGCAGAGACUGCGCUGGCACUGACGGAUCUGCUGUUGGUGCGGGUGUACAGCCUGUAGGGAAGCGGCUAUGGUAGAAGCCUGACCAAUUGGCCCAGAUGGAGCGCGAGCAGGUGCGGAAUCCACAACGUGGACUGAAGCCUUGUCUGUCAGGGCCAUGAAGCAGUUAGAGAGUGACAGCUUAAUGGGUUACAAAGUUCCUUACGGGAGUGAGAAUUGGCGGGGUGCCAUACGACACCGACGCAUGCGCAAUGAAGUCCUGCCUCUAACUUAAAUAUCACUCUUUGAUUGGCUGCCAGUUUCUCGCUCACAUACACGUGAUUGGCUGUCUCUGCUGUCACCACAUCUGCCUGUAAAAGUUACCUGCUAGUUGGACCAGUGUUGUGCCGCAGAAUGCACAUUCACAUGUCUGACCAUGUAGGUCCCAACCAUGGAGGUCCCAAAGGGUGGUCCCAACACAAAUGAACAUUUCUUCUGAUGUUUUACUUGCUUUAGCUUGAAAUGCUGUAGGCUCACUUUUGCAUUUAUUGAUUUUCUAGAUGUACUUUUGCAUGGAGUAACAACUUUGGAUUUUGUGCAACAAUUGCAUUGAUCUGCAUUAGAACAGUUAGUUUUUCCAGGUUUUGUUAUUUAGUUGUAUUUUCUGUGUAUUUGUUUCUAGUGUUGCUGUUAGCUGUUGUUCCUGUUUCUCAGUGUAACGUGCACACUUAAAAGAGGUGCAUUGUUCUCCAGUUGGAGCAGGGAUACCACAGGGUGAAUUCCCGCUCCAAUCAUUUUUCUCUGGUGAGGAUACACCCUGUGAUAUCCCCACUCCAACAGAACAAUAACACACCUCUUUCACAUGCACACCCAAAACAUUCAUGUUUUUUUGUUUUGUUUUCUCAAUAUCCCUUUAGGGGCUCCUUAAUAUGUCUGAAUUAAAAAGAAAACCACAAAAUAUUUAAAAGAAAUCUUAAAAAUGGUCGCCAUCUUGAAAUUUCAAGCAAUUAGGGGCAAUUUCUUAUGAAGUUACUCAUGUGGAAUGGUCUUACUAAUUUUCAUGUUUAUAUCACCAACUUUACAUCAUUUAUCUGCUCUGAUGAGGUGGCGGCCAUCAUCAAAAUGGUGUCUCUUGAAAUUUCAAGCAACUUGGGGCAUUUUCUUGUUGAGCGACUCAUGAGCUGUGUCCGAAUUGCCUGCUUGCAUACUACAUACUACCCCCCGCAGGCAGAGAGUAGGUACUGCGCCCAUGCAGACAGUGGUAACGGAAGACCCCCAUCUGCUGGCCUAGCUGUAGUACUGCAGCGAGUACUGUACAAUGAUCGGUGCGCACCGGUGACUUAUUAGGCAUCAUCACCAGAAGGCACCUGUUACUCAUUAACAAUGAGUGGAAAUAUAGUAGUGCCAUCACGGAGGUGGCACAUCUUCAGAGAAAAGCCAGCAUGCUUGCAACUGCAUUGAUGCUGCUCCACAUAGAAAGUGCAAGGCUUGCCGCCGCCUUGCACUUUCUAUGUGGAGAUUCCUGAGCUGUGUCCGAAUUGCCAAGUAGUAGUCGAAGUAGUAUGUAGCAUGUCCGAAUUGGCCACCGGAGCGAGUAGCAUGCUACUUCAGAUACUACUUCAGAUACUCGACACGCCCACAUUGUAGGUUGGUCGCGGUGCAUCCUACGGGCAUGCUACUGACCCAAAAUGCACUGCGGGCUUCUUCUUCGUCCUCUUAAAAGUUGUAGAAGCGCAUGUGAUGCUAGCGCCACCAGCUGCUCUGCCUAUUUAAAUGUGUCACAAACGCCGGCUGGCCACAGCAGCGCGCACCAUGGCGGAAGCAGGGGGCAGGACCGCAGCAGUACAGAUGUAAUUUUAAUGUAACUUCACACACUGUCCUAAAAAAUGUACGGUUGUAUCUCUUUGUCAUGUCAUGGUGUCAUAUUUGCCCAAGUAAUCAUUUUAUGAGCAAAUAUGUGGCGACAUCAUGGAGGUAAAGCUCACUUAUUCCAUCAUUAAACUGUGCAGCUGCACGAAUCAGGCAGAUCUCAUUGAACAAACAAUCACCACUUGAGUGAAUGAAGGCUAAAAGUAAUGGAAAAGCUACUUUGUGAAUUUGUAAAGCAGUGCAGGAAUAUAAUACAGCAGCAUCCAUCACUUGCACAAUUACCAUUCAAAUAGUCUAAAACGGGCGCAGUACCUACUCUCUGCCUGCGGGGGUCGUCUUUCCCCACCGCUCGUCUAGUGUGUCCAAAUUGGGCCAACGUGUUUAGUAUGUAGGAGUAGGAUCUAGCAGUAGCACGUAGCAAUAGCAUGUAGUAUGCGAGCGGGCGAUUCGGACACAGCACUGGAGUCACUGCCACAGGUAACCUAUGACAUGAAGUGCUUGAACUAGAAGCUCUGUAUUUCUUGUUACUAGUCUUUUCUGGUGUUUGUCCAGACACCGCAAAAGGAACUCUGUUCUACACAUGACAUUAUGUGGUUUCUUUGAUUUUUCAGCAUGGCCCACGCAGGCCAUACACUCUGCUCAACAGCACCGGGCCCAUCAUUCGUCAGUUUUUGGAUGACACCGUUGACCUGCGCCCCAACCUUCGCCUCUCUCGUCACUUGCUUACUGCCCUUACUGCUGCCAUCGACCUCAGCGUGACCCGAGGCUGGCCAAAGGACAUAGAGGUGCUGCUGUUCGUUUUUUGGCUGGCCCAUGCAGCGUCCUACAGGAGGGUGGCUGCAGCCUGCGACAUCCCUAAGUCCACUGUUCACGAUAUUGCGCACAGGGUGACCAAGGCUGUCCUGGGCAUCCUGGACCGCACCAUCCGCCUCCCCAACCCUGACCAGCUGGAGGACAUCGCUGCUGGCUUCAGCCGCCUCGGGGGAAGUCCAGCUCUGCGGACCGUGGUCGGGGCAAUUGAUGGCUGCCACGUCCGCAUCAAACCGUAAGCUCUUCCAUUCUAUUCAGCUCCAGGCCGUCUGUGACCACCAGGGGAGGUUUCUUGAUUUGUUUGUGGGCUUCCCUGGCUCUGUUCACGAUGCCGGUGUACUGCGGAACAGCCCGGUCUACUACAGACAGCUGUACCCACCGGAGGGCUGGUGCAUCCUGGGGGAUGGAGGCUACCCCUGUUUGGGUGCCCCCAUCUGCCUCCUGAUGCCUUACCGGGAACCUGUGGCCAACCCCGUGCAGGCCCGGUUCAACACCAUUCGCAGCAAGGCACGGAACGUUAUCGAGCGGGCCUUCGGAAUGAUGAAGGCUUGUUGGUGGUCCAUCUUCCUCAGGGCCCUUGUGGUGAAGCCAGCAUUUGCAUCGGAGGUGGUCACCUGUUGUGCCAUCCUCCACAACAUCUGCAUGGACAACGGUGACCUCUUCGAGGCCGAGCCUCCCCCUGAGGAAGAUGGACCGCCUCCCUGUUCUGAUGUGGCGUCAGGGGAAAACCUGCGGAACCGACUGGCUGCAGCAGUGUCUGCCCCAGAGGUUGCGGUUGCUGUCCUCCAGGACCAUGAUUAUUGUUGA